AUGUUGCGCCGAUUAGCCUCACUUAGUCACCAAGACUCCAACGAGACUUCACACGAGCACAUGUCACCGCAGCCAGGAGAUGGUCCAUCAUCCCCAGAUACGUCCCGUCAGGGUGGCCUUGCCCAUGUCCUUCGGGGUCUGACAAGUUCUAAGCUCUCCAAAUCUUCGCCGUCUAUAGCAUCACCCUCUUCAGCAAACGCCCAGCCGACCGCCGAGUUCGUCCAUGCUCCAGCACCAGCCGUCUCCACAAACCCACCUCAUGGGCUGUCCUCUGGUCACAUGGAGUCCUUUGAGCUUCUCAAGAAUGGCUCACCCAACGACCGCAUUGCUGCCGCCAACUCGUUGAAAUACGCAAUUGCCGAGUACCCUCUCAAUCCUGUCUUGGAUAUUUGGUAUGCUGCGAAAGACCUUAUCGAUCCCGCAAAACCUGCAGCAGCACGGGCAGCUGGCUGGGAGCUCCUUACGGAAUGUGUGAAGCAUGAGGCCUCUUCUGACCUCGAACGGCAAGAAUAUUUCACAACCCUAUCAGCUCCUGCAAACUCGGAAGAUUUUCACCUACAGUUGGCUGCUCUUGUUGACCUAACCCGACGCGGCCGAAUUUUGACAGGCUUCGAUUAUGAGCUUCUUCCUCUUUUGACUGAUUGGCUAUGGGAAUCCUAUAACGUGGUGCGUGCAGCUAGAAGGAAAGCGUCUCGGAGUUCAAAGGGCGCUGCUCGAAAUCGUGCUGUCGCUUCUGGCGAAGAAAAAAACCUCGCUCAGCUAUUCAACUUUCUCAUCGACGUCAUAAAGUUCAGCUUCAACAAUGCAGAUGAAUCUGCUGUGACAGGACUGAUCGAUCGACUACUGUCAAUUUGCAUGAGCACAAGCGUGGAAGAGGAUCUCAGAUCGAGCAUAGCGGUCAUUGAUGCAAUUGUAACAUUUGGAUCUAUACCAGAAGAUAAGCUCAAAGGCUGUGUUCAAGUGCUUAGCUCUAUCUAUUGUAUGGUGGGAAGCCUUCAAAAAGACUCCUGGAACACGCUCUCAAAUCUGCUCAAAAGCCAUAAUGGACAGGCGACCAUCCGCAUCUUAUUGGAUAUUCUACGAAAUAAUCCUACAGAUGGGGCCAAGGAGAAGGAUGUUAACCGAGAGAUACGCGGCGCCCUUGCUGUACUGCAAAAGGUCCUGUCCAAAAGCCCGGAGAACGGCUAUCCGGGGAUACCUUUCGCAUUGCUGGCGGACGGUCUUGCCAUAGUUGCGAAAACCGGGACUUCCAUCAAAACUUCGACAGCUAUUCUUCAGUUGCUUAAUGCUCUAUUUGACGAUGGCAAUGGUCGUAUACAUCGCUUAAUCCUCGACGAGGACUGGUCCGUAAUACUCGAGGCUGCCGCGACAUGCUCCAAACGAGCAAUACCUGGGCCGCGCGACUCUGAUGGAUACCGCAGCCCUGUCAGAGACGAGAAGCUGGAGGAAGCUCUGAGCCGAGAACUUAUAAUCCUCAUCAAGCAGCUUGAUGUGCUCAUUAACCAAAAAUCGGAUGUGUUUAUUCCUCGGGCAACCAUUAUUUCGUUUCUAACCGAAGUCCAUCAAUUUCUCCCUGAUGAAACUGCAUCGUCUGUCUUGAAUUACUUCCAGCAGUUCAGAUGCUGUUCACCUUCAGAUCUCCAAUGGGAAGAAAAUCUAACCUUGGUUCUAAAAGGAUUCUUUGGCAACAGAGAUCGGUCCUCACAGAUUAGACUUCGAGCCUUGGAAACCAUUAUGGACGCCUACGAAGUCGUGGAUCUAGUGGGCGAUGAUCCCGAAGAGAGCUUCAUCCCACAACUGGCUAAGAGCAUCCUUCAAGAUGUUUCUGAAGAGACGGAUGUGCUGGUUCUUGAAGGAAUCAUGUCGCUCAUGGUUUCAGUUGUAGUAUCGUGUGACAUGGAGUUAUUCGACUAUAUCGUCGAUGCCCUCCGAGGCAUCGUUAUUGGCGACAAGCUCAAAUCACCGAUUUCAUCGUCAGCAUCUCAUAGUCCGUUCGCUCAAGGAUCUUCCGAAGAACAUCUGCCACAAGGACAGUCGCCAUCAAACGUGGUUGCCAAGGGCUACGUAAAGAUAUUUGUGCACACUAUGGAUUAUGACAGUGCGAAAUCCUUGAGACUAUAUCAUGCGCUGAUAAACAUUGUGAAGUCGAGUCAUUGCGAGGUCGAUGCUCGGUUGACCGCUAUGAAGCUCUUGUUCAGGCUGCGUGCCGAUUGGGCCAACCGAAUUUUCAUCGCAAAGACACUUGAGACUAAUUUUGUUGCCGCCUCCUUGUGUCGAACUCCUGAAACAUACGCCAAGAAGCAGGCUGAGGAGGCCGUACAGUCUAUACGCUUAUUAAGAAAUGAACAUGGUGGGUCGUCCAGGUCUGCUCGCGGCAUUUCGUUCAGCCAGGGGCAAAGCCAUGAAAGAGGCAUGCCAGUUCGCUCUGCAAGUGUCGCUGCUGGAAGUGGCCUGCUUGGCAGUAGUGGUAGUGCAGCUCGCUAUCACCAGCUUUGGAACCUUCCGGACCCAGAGGCUCUACCUGACACUGUGACCGGCGUGUUUAGUCCAGUUCUAGUUUCUCACAGCCCUGGCUCCGCUGAACUCGUGAUGGAUGAAGAAGUCCAAGAGACCAAAACGAAUAUUGAGACUACUGCCCUCGAUAUUGCCGCUUGGCUCGAGGCUGUCCUCGGUUUGUUGCACGGUUGCGACUGGGAGGUGUACAGUUUUGCACUGGUUCACCUUCCAUCACAACUCAGCAACCAUGCCAUUUUUAGAGACGCAAUUCCCCAGAUUCAGGAGCUGCGAAGACUCAUUUGCGAGCAAAUCCGAACCAACUCCUUCCAAGAACCUCCAAAUGCCUCGGGGUUGAGGCGAGCUGAUGUGGCGAUUUGUCUCUUCCACAGUUUAACGAUGAUUCUCAGUUACCAUGAUCACUUUCAAAAGGGCGAUGAGGAUGAAAUAGUCAAAACAUUUGUACAUGGCAUCGCCACUUGGGAGCGGAGUGCAAAAUGCUGCAUCCAUGCCUUGUCCAUAUGCUGUCAUGAAUUGCCACUCUCAACAAGCAAGUCACUGGUUCAGCUAUUGACCAAAAUGUCUACUAUCAUCACCCAGCCGCAUGUCUCCAUCCAUAUCCUCGAGUUCCUGGCUUGUCUGAGCCGUUUACACAACGUGUAUGUCAACUUCAGAGAAGAGGAAUACAAGAUUGUGUUUGGGAUUUGCAUUCGCUAUCUGCAAUCUGUGAGGGACAAAAAGGCUUCCAACAGGAACAGUCAUGCCAGCGAACCAUCUACCCCAGCAACCGCAACGGGUAACCUUUCGGAUGCCAUACACCCGAGCGCAACAGACGAUUUACCACAGUACGUGUAUGCAUUAGCAUACCAUGUGAUACUUUUCUGGUUCCUUGCGUUGAAACUGCCAGACCGUGCCACCUUGGUUGGUUGGCUUGUCAGAAACAUAUACAACGAGAUUGAAGAUGCGCACACAGAUAACGAACAAGCACUUACUUCGAUCGACUUCAUGCAAAGGUAUACAUACGCUGACGUGGAGGAAUCAUCCCAAGAUCCUCUCUUUACAUCGGAUCGAUUCGGAGAGAUCAUCAAGAAGAGAUGGUUGGUUGGUUACAGCAUCGUCACCGUAAAUCAGGCCACAACCACUGGCUGGGCUCAAAUUGUCAAGAGACAGCCUUCAGGCACCUCGGCCUUCACGAUUCGAGAAACGUUUGAUCCACCACCUCCGCAUCAGACACCCAAUUACGUGGACAUUAGCAGGGAGGGACAAGUCUCAACGAAUACUAUCUUACCCAGUCACAUCAUGGUACAACUGAUGUCGUCCAUCCCUCAAGGUCAUGAUCUAGCGCGACCUAUUCCGCUCCCCGAGGAUGAUGCUGUUGAAAGGGCCAUUCGAGUCUUUGAUCGAAGCUCUACUGUUGAUGGGCACAAAGUUGGUGUCAUCUACAUCGGAGAGGGACAGACUGAUGAAGUGGAGAUUCUUGGGAAUGUGUCUGGUAGCAGCGAUUACAUGGAGUUCCUCAAUAAUCUUGGCACAUUGACCAAGCUCAAGGGGGCGACGUUCAACACUCAUGGACUAGAUCGCGAAUUUGACUCUGAUGGCCAGUAUACCUUUUGCUGGCGAGAUCGUGUCACAGAAAUCGUGUUUCACGUCACCACACAGAUGCCUACGAACCUGGAACAUGACCCACGUUGCACAAUGAAGAAACGCCAUAUUGGCAAUGAUUUUGUCAACAUUGUGUUCAACGAUUCCGGUCUGCCUUUCAAAUUUGAUACUUUUCCGGGCGACUUCAAUUUUGUCCAUAUUGUCAUUACACCAGCAUCAAGGGCUUCGUUUAUUGCUGCUAGAGACGCUUCCAAACAUAGUCAGCCCUUUUAUCGCGUUCAGGUCUUGAGCAAGCCUGGAUUCCCAGAGAUCUCGCCCGCUUCAGAGAUGAAGAUUGUGUCACUUAAGGCUCUCCCAGGUCUGAUCCGUUUGUUGGCUCUUAAUGCUUCGGUGUUCUCUCACGUCUGGGCCAACCGUGAGGGCGGUGAGCAUGUCAGCUCGUGGAGAAGUCGCCUCCGUGCUAUCAAAAGGCUUCGGGAGAAAUACACACCUUCAAAAUCCGGGCAAAUAACACCAUCGGCCUCACAGAAUUCAUCUCUUGGAGGCGCGCCUACGUUACACCAACAGCAGCAGCUCCUGCCACAGGGAGAUAUGUCGUCGUCGCGACCAGCCAGCACCGUCCGCGAUAGCUUCACGAGUCUACGUCGCACAAGUGUAGCCACCUUUUUCACAAGCACAAGUGAGCAGACCUCACAUCGAUCCUCAAUGUUGUCAUCAUCUACAACAACAAACGACACUGAGAUUGGUCCGUUUCACGGGCAGGAUUCCCAGACUGACACCGUCGACUUUUCCAAAUGGGCCUAG